AUGAAGAAAGUGGGCAACAUGUGGAACAACCUGAAGAGCAAAUGCCAGACACUGUUUCACAACAAACGGUCCGGACCCAGUGAAAGCAGGGCGGAGGCCGACGGGGUCCACUGCGUGGUGGAUCUCGGCCUCGGAGGCAGCUCAGGUGAUGCGCAGGCAUCGCGAGCCUCCAGCCCGUCACGCAGCCUCCUGCCAGUGCCGAUGGCGCCGGUGGGACGCCGCCACCACAACUGUGUGUCGGACGUCCCCCAGAUAGUGGAGAUUACGAUCGACAAGGACACCGAGGAUGUGCGCGGCGGAUCGGGCGGCACGCCCAUGGCCCGGAGAGACUCCUAUUCCCGCCACGCCCCGUGGGGGGGCAAGAAAAAACACUCGUUUUCUACCAAGACCCAGAGCUCUCUGGAGGCGGAGCGGCGGCCCGGGCGUCUACGGGGGGCCGGGAAUCGCAGGGACAGGCGUUACGGCGUCGGCUCCAUCCAGGAGAUGUGCGAUUCCGUGUCCGGAGGGCGCAGCCUGAACGCUCGUUCUCUGCGCCAGCGGCUGAGCGACACCGUCGGGCUGUGCUUACCGCUGCCCGCUCGCAGGCGCUCCCGCUCCUCCAAGAACCCCGUCGCCUCCAAGCGGAAGAUUCACCUGACGGAGCUCAUGCUGGAGACCUGCCCCUUCCCGCCGGGCUCGGACCUCGCAAACAAGUGGCACCUGAUCAAGCAACACACGGCACCGGUCAGCCCGCAUUCCUCCACCGCCCUGCUGGACGCCUUCGACCCGGCCCACCCGUCUCCCGAGGACGAGGAGGAGCGCCUGCGCGAGCGCCGGCGACUCAGCAUCGAGGAAGGUGUGGACCCGCCACCCAACGCACAGAUCCACACCCUGGAGGCCUCGGUGCCGGGCUCCUCCCUCUACAAACUGGGACCAAAGUUGGGUCCUGGCACGGGAGAGGCCUCGGGGGAAGGCCGCGCCUCAGGCAGCAGCUCAGCGGCCGUCGGCUCGUUGGGGGCCUGCGGGCCUGCGUUGGGGGCUGCGGCGUCAGCGGCCCAGGACUGUGACUCCGAGGAGGAUACGACCACCCUCUGUCUGCAGGCCCGGAGGCCCAAGCAGAGGCACGCCUCUGGGGACGUCCAGCUCAGCAGGCAGCAGCCCGGCCCGUGGAAGGUUCACACUCAGAUAGACUACAUCCACUGCCUGGUGCCGGACCUGCUGCAGAUCACCGCCCUGCCCUGCUACUGGGGCGUGAUGGACCGCUACGAGGCCGAGGCGCUGCUGGACGGACGGCCCGAGGGCACCUUCCUGCUGCGCGACUCUGCCCAGGAGGACUAUCUCUUCUCCGUUAGCUUCCGCCGUUACAACCGCUCGCUGCACGCCCGCAUCGAGCAGUGGAACCACAAUUUCAGCUUCGACGCUCACGACCCGUGCGUUUUCCACUCUUCCACCGUCACAGGACUGCUGGAGCACUACAAGGACCCCAGCGCCUGCAUGUUUUUUGAACCGCUGCUCACGGCGCCUCUCCAUCGGACCUUUCCGUUUGGCCUGCAGCACCUGGCCCGGGCCGCCAUCUGCCGCUGGACCACUUACGAUGGUAUAGGCUCCCUGCCGCUGCCCCCCGCCCUGCAGGACUUCCUCAAGGAGUAUCACUAUAAACAGAAAGUACGAGUCCGCUGGCUGGAGAGGGAACCGCCACUCAAGGUCAAAUAG